GCUGCUUCAUGCUGCUGAACACCGGCGGCGACGCGGUGCCCUCGAAGCACGGCCUGCUGACCACCAUCGGCUACCAACUGGGCCCAGAGGAGAAGGUUACGUAUGCGCUGGAGGGCAGCGUGGCCUGCGCGGGGCGCGUGGUUCAGUGGCUCCGUGACAACCUGGGCAUUAUCAGCUCGUCGAAGGACGUGGAGACGCUGGCUGGGAAGGUGGAGGACACCGGGGGCCUCACCCUGGUGCCGGCCUUCUCGGGGCUCUUCGCACCACACUGGCGGGACGAUGCGCGGGCGGUGGCCGUGGGCAUGACGCUCUUCACCAGCAAGGAGCACAUGUGCCGUGCCGCCUUAGAAUCCACGGCCUUCCAGGCCGUGGACAUCAUGGAGGCAAUGAAGCAAGAUACCGGCCUCCGCCUCCGGGACAUGCGCGUGGACGGCGGGAUGACGGUGAACAGCCUGCUGAUGCAGAUGCAGGCAGACAUCCUCGGCAUGAGCGUGCUUCGCUCGAAGCUGGCGGAGGCCACCGCCCUCGGAGCAGCCUUGGCGGUGGGGCUGAGCGUCGGCUUCUACGAGAAGAAGGUGGUGAAAGACAUCAUCGAGAAGGCUGGCGGCUACGAGGUUUUCCCAUCCUCGACCACUUCGGCGGCGCGGAGGAAGAUGAUGCAGCGCUGGAAGGACGCCGUGGAGAGAUCUUUUGACCUGGCCAAGUUCGACCCCAAGCGCCCCGAUCAGGCAAAGCCGGCGGUCUUGAAGAAGCCGCGGUUCGUUAAG